AUGUCGUCCAGGCCCGGCUCCUCCGCUAGCUCCGUCAAGAUGUCCACCAUGGAGGAGGAGUCGCUACGCGACCGCCGGCGCUCGGGGCUGCUGCGGCAGUGCGCCGACAUCCUGACGGCGGACGAGACCGUGGCCAGGUUCACCCGCGAGGCGUUCCGACGCGUGUUCCAGGAGAAGGACCUCCUGGUGAUUCUCUUCAAGCUCUUCGACCAGGACCGCGACGAGCUCCUGGUGCAGGAGGACUGGAUCGAGUUCCUCAAGCAGAGACUCACGGAUGAGCGGCACAUCGACUUCGCGGAGCAGGUGGAGAGCGUCGCCUACGUCCUGUGCGGAGAUGGCCCCCUCGACCUGCACCGAUUCUGCCAACUGUUCCAGGCCAAAGGGAUCGUCGACAAGCUGUACCGGAUGGUGGACACCGAGUCGGCAGGCAGCGUCACGCCCGAGCAGGUCCUGUCCCUCGUCGCCAACCUGACCAACCGCAGGCCCCGCACCGGCUUCGACCGCGGCAACCUGGAAUGGCUGGAGCGCCUGUUCAAGGAGACGGUGGGCGACCAGAAGGAGAUCCGCCGCGACGACUUCAACAAGAUCGUCAUCUCCAAGAACCCCUUCUUCACGGAGCGGGUCUUCCAGAUCUUCGACAACGACAACUCGGGCUCCAUCUCGCUGCCCGAGUUCCUGGACGCGAUGCACCAGUUCUCCGGCAAGUCGCCGGACGACAAGAUCAAGUUCCUCUUCAAAGUGUACGACAUCGACGGCGACGGGCUGAUCCAGCAGAGCGAGCUGCAGCACGUCAUGAGGGCCUGCAUGGAGGAGAACGGCAUGCAGUUCUCGGAGGAGCAGGUGGCCGACCUCACCAUGGCGCUGUUCGAGGACGCGGACCCCGGCGGCAGGGGCGCCAUCACCUACGAGGCGCUCAAGAACCAGCUGGAGAAGCACGGCGGGCUGCUGGAGAACCUCUCCAUCAGCAUAGACCGGUGGCUGGUGCCGCCCAAGCCGAAGGGCAAGCCCGCCUCGCUGCAGGGGAAGGUGUCGGCGUUGCGGCCCUACCAGCUCACGCGGCCCUACCUCAAGAACAACUACGUGUACCUCAUGUUCGGCCUGGCCCUCAUCAUCGUCAACCUGGGCCUGUUCGUGUCGCGCGCCGUCGAGUACCGCCACCACAACGGCUUCGUCAUCCUGGCCAGGGCUUGUGGUCAGUGCCUCAACUUCAACUGCAUGAUGGUGCUGGUGCUGAUGCUGCGGCACUGCAUCACCUACCUGCGGACGCGCGGCUUCAGCCAGUUCCUGCCGCUGGACCAGCACAUCUACUUCCACAAGGUGACGGGCGUGCUCAUCUUCGUGUACUCGUCCGUGCACACCGUAUCCCACCUGCUCAACUUCAGCGUGCAGGUGAUUAACGACCCGGUGGUGAACGCCCAGAACUACACACUGUACGAGUGGCUGCUCACGUCGCGGCCCGGCGUGUACGGCCUGGUGGGCGGCGCGGCCAACCCCACCGGCGUGGCCCUGGGCAUCCUGCUGCUCGUCAUGUUCAUCUGCUCGCAGACCUUCGUCCGCCGCGGCGGCUGCUUCGAGAUCUUCUACUGGACGCACUUGCUGUACGUGCCGUUCUGGGGGCUGCUCAUCUUCCACGGCCCCAACUUCUGGAAGUGGUUCCUAGGCCCCGGCGUGCUGUUUGUCAUCGAGCGGACGAUGCGCUUCACGUGGAUGCGGACGGGCCGCGGCAAGACGUACAUCUCGUCGGGGCUGCUGCUGCCGUCGCGCGUCACGCACCUCGUCAUCAAGCGGCCGCCGCACUUCGACUUCCACCCGGGCGACUACGUGUUCGUCAACAUCCCGUCCAUCGCGGUCUACGAGUGGCACCCCUUCACCAUCUCCAGCGCUCCCGAGCAGGAAGACUACAUGUGGCUACACAUCCGCGGCGUGGGCGAGUGGACCAACCAGCUGUACGCGUACUUCGAGCGCGAGCAGGAGAAGCUGCACAACGUGAACGUGGAGCUGCCCACCGGCAGCAGCACCCCCGCCACGCCGCAGACGCCGCCGCCGCAGCACACCGGGCUGCGCAGACUGCAGGCGUCGCUGUCCCGCAAGUGGUCGAGUAAGGACGUGGUCGGCAGCCCCGCCCGCACGGCCAGCAAGAAGGUCAACUUCCCGGUGCCGUCGAGAGGCUUCCGCCCGGACGCGCCCAGCUUCCAGAGCGUGCAGGUGGUGCCGCCCGGCGAGAGCCGCGAGGACCACGGCGCCGGCCCCGGCCAGGAGGGCUUGAUGAAGCCGGCCGCCCUGCGCCGUUUGGUCCUGGACGCCAAAGGGCCGCUGUCCAAGUCGCUGUCCAUGCCGGACAUGGACAACCGCAGCAAGAAGAGGGACCGCCUCCUCGCGCUGCGCGACUUCGCGCGAUCCGAGUCCGAGAAGUCCUUCGACGAGUGCCAGAUGCGGCGCGCCCGCCUGCAGUCCCUGGGCCUGGCCUACCUAUCGCCUCAGAACAAGUCGCUGGCGCAGAGCUUCCGCUACAUGCGGCACAAGCCGACCAUCAUCGCCUUCAAGACGCCCAGCUUGGAGAGCUGCCAGGCGCGGCUGUCGGCCAUCGCGCUGGCGCAGGCCGCGUCCCGCGACUCCAGGCCCGCCCGCGACGCGACGGCGGCCGCGGAGGAGGGCCGGGUGUUCGCCGACCCCGCCGCCGACGCCGAGGGCAAGCACACGUCGCCGCCCACGCCCAUCGGCAUGAACUACCCCGUCGGCAAGCCGCUCGAGAUCUACCUGGACGGGCCGUACGGCGCGCCCUCCUCGCACAUCUUCCGCGCGCAGCACGCAGUGCUCAUCGCCACGGGCAUCGGCGUCACGCCCUUCGCCUCCAUCCUGCAGUCCAUCAUGCACCGCUACUGGAAGGCCCGGCACACCUGCCCGCAGUGCACCUACCAGUGGGCGUCCGACAUCCCGGCCACCAUCAUGAACCUGCGCAAGGUGGACUUCUUCUGGAUCAACCGCGACCAGCGCUCCUUCGAGUGGUUCGUCAACCUGCUGUCGCAACUGGAGAUCGAGCAGGCCGAGCUGGGCGGCGCCAUGGAACGCUUCCUGGAGAUGCACAUGUACAUCACGUCGGCGCUGCAGAAGACGGACAUGAAGGCCGUGGGCUUGCAGCUCGCCCUGGACCUGCUGCACGAGAAGGAGAAGCGCGACCUCAUCACGGGCCUCAAGACGCGCACCAACGCGGGCCGGCCCAACUGGGACAGAGUCUUCAAGCAGCUGGUGGCGCAGAAGAAGGGGAAGGUGACCGUCUUCUACUGCGGGCCGCCGCAGCUCGCCAGGCUGCUCCGCGUCAAGUGCGACCAGUACGGAUUCUCCUUCCGGAAGGAGGUGUUCUGAGGGCGCCGGCCCGGCCGGGCUGUGCGAGUGUGAGUGCGCGUGCGUGUGUGUGUGUGUGUGUGUGUGUGUGUGUGUGUGUGUGUGUGUGUGUCUGUGUGUGUGGGCGUGCGGAUGAGCGCCUCGGUGCCUUUGUGUCCCAGUAUUAGUCAGUCGAGAGUUACCACGAAACGUGUGCCUAAUCAAAGAUUGAGGGAAGCCUUCUGCCAGGAAAACAAAAUAUUUAUUUUUAAGGGAGGCGACUUUGACUUGUUCUGGAGGGAAGUCCCGAUCGACGGACCAGGACUUUUGCUGCCGACGCAGCAUUUAAGAUAGCAACUAGUUCUGACUACCCCAGAACUAUAGUUACCAUUAUAAAGCAAGUCAUAAAACCAGUUACCAUGACGAGUUUCGAUUGUAAAUAUGUUUUUUCAUUUACUACAAAUUUGUGAUUUUUUUCCCCCCCAAAGUACCUUACCCAUCCUGCACGCAGCCGAACCUUGCCCAGUCGGACUAGGGUGCAUUCAGUGUGCCAGGGUGGUGGUCCAUCUUGGUCCUGUAAACUAUACGUGUGUUACCAUAGAUAGGCUUUCUAUUUUAUUUUGUACAAUUUUUCUAUUAUGCCUGUUCAUCUUUUUGUGAUUGUUGCCAAUAACUGAUCGACUAUGUCGCAUUCUCUUGGCAUGAAAUUUGGUGAACCAAUGUAAAUAUCUCACUCAUUUAUUGAUAUUAGGACCUAGAUUAUCUAGUUGGUGAGUUUUUUGUGACAACGCAGGACAUCGCGCCUCGAUAGUGGUAGACCUCAUAGUUCCUCAUGUUGAGAAACUUUUGUUUGUACUGUACAUUUUUCAUCAAGAGAUGCUUUGCCUCUUGAGGAUCUGAUUCACCUGGUUUACUUUCGUACCUUCUAUUUUCUACUGUCAUCAAUGUGCCUUAGAAGUCUCAUUAAAUGUAUUCAAUAUAGCAAUGA